AUGACAGAGAUACAACCUCCACCAUCGCUUCCACAGCCGUUUACAUACUGCGACCCCGCCAAAACACCCGUUCUGCUUGCCCAGGGUGCGGAAGCCCGUCUCUACAAGACACAUUUCAUAGACUCAUCUAUUCCCGCGGCGCUUAAAGUACGCCCGUUAAAGCCAUACCGUCAUCCGAUACUCGACCGCCGAUUAACUCGCCAGCGAAUUUUACAAGAAGCAAGAUGCAUGGCCAAGUUAGUCAGAGAGGGUGUCCCCGUGCCUGGAAUAUUGGCAGCAGACUGGGGACAGAACUCUGAUUCGACUACUGAAGGGAAAGAUGGGAGUAAUGCGAAUAAUGGAGGCUGGCUGCUUAUGGAAUGGAUAGAGGGAGAAGUGGUCAGACGAGUCGUUAAUGAUUGGGAGCGGUGGGUGAAAACCCAAGAGAAGUUAGACGAGCGGGAGACGGCCGAUACGGACAAGAGCGCUAGCGUGGAGUCUGUUAAAGAGAGUGAAAAAAAGAUUUGCGCGCUCCUUAAAAAAAUAGGGGGCGCUGUCGGAUUGCUGCAUAAGACAGGAAUCAUACACGGUGAUUUGACAACGAGUAACCUCAUGUUACGGCCAGAAAAUAGCGUGGUGGCUGAGCCAGCGCCUUUGGAAGCAGAUACGAAUAGAGGGCAACCAGGGACAGAGCCGCCUUGCUUGAGCGGAGAAAUCAUUCUCAUUGAUUUUGGGCUUGCUGGCCAGACGGUCCAAGAUGAGGAUAGGGCUGUGGACUUGUACGUUCUCGAACGAGCAUUUGCCAGCUCGCACCCCAGAACUGAGGGCCUGUUCAAAGAAGUUCUUGAUGGAUACGCAGAGAGCUUCAAGGGAGCCAAACAGGUCUUGAAGAAGCUGGAAGAAGUCCGGAUGAGGGGGAGGAAGAGAAGCAUGAUCGGAUAA